AUGGCUCUGCUCGCGUCGCUGCCUCCAGAACUCCUCGUCAAGAUAUUCGAAUACUUGGAUUUAUGCUCACUCGUCGAUGUUUCUGCCGUCUGCUCGUCGUUUCGUGUCGUCUGCCGUGAGCUCAAUCCAUGGCGCGCCCAGAUUGCGCGCGUGCUCAGGGACCAGCAGCCACAGACAGAGUAUUGUAUACUACUCCAUCUGAGCUGGUACUCAGCCGUCUCUACUCAAAACUGGAUUCACAUCCUCGUCGUCGCUUCUCCAGAGCACAUUCUUUUCCAUGAUAUCCCCCCGCUCCCAGAAGACAUUUGGCACGCUGCAUUCACACAGCGCUUUCUUCCGAGCUGGCAGAGAUGGAGAAAGGACGGGACGUGGCAGAGAGCGUACAAACUUGUUCUUAUGCGCAUAUGGCAUCGUAUCAAUGCAACCUGCACUGCAGACGAAGCAUGGACAACCUAUCUCAUCCUCAGCAGACACAAUGUCCUCAAUAUCAGCUCGGCCAGUUCGCGGCAAUACAACCCCCAUGCAGUUCUAAAUGUCUACAAGGAACAGAAUAAUCUCAAGCAAUCCUCGACGACGCGGCUCGUCCUUCAGCUCUCCGACAUUCGCAUCAUCGCCAUUGGCACCCUUGGUGCAUCCUCAUCGUACCAGAUCAACCGCCUAGCCAAAGAAUUUGUCAACCCCUCCGGUGUCUAUCCAGACGGCAUCCUCCCAUUCCCUGACGAAGACAGCGCCCCACUCAGUGCCUCGUCCGACACACCACAAUACUUUAAAAUACCAGUGCCACGAACAAUAGGCACACCAAUGACCCGCAGUCUCACCAUGGAUGCGACGCCACCCGCGACAAAAUCCAACUCACUAUGGCGCCGUUUCCGACGCUCGGAAACGUUUUCGAGUAACACCUCGUCUGAACAAGAUACAUUGUCAUAUGUAAAUGCCCCGUUGGUCGUCAUGGAGGCCAUGUACAAGUCGCUCAAACCUCACCCCCCCACGCCGCGCGAGUAUGUGCGUUUAACCCAUCCACGGCCAGUAGACGGGCACAGAAACUUUCCGAAUUAUACACCCGGUGGGAUGGAUCUGCGGUGGCCCAAGACGUAUGAUGGAACAAACGAGGAUACAUGGGUUGGACCAAUGCUGGUGACGGCAAUUCUAGUGUCUUCAUCGGAUGAGCUGACGGGGGACAGCGCCGAGGAGCUGUUGAGGAGAGUUGGGUCUGGUCGAAGUCGAUGGGUAUCGUUUACGGGGGAGGAUUUGGACACCAUCGCACCUUGGUUGAAAACACAUAUUGAUAAACGAAUGGAAGAGCAAAAUAACCGAUUUUUUGUGACAAAGAAAGUCUUUCAUGGUCCUCCAUAUUCUAUCAUCAAGCGUCUUGGAUUGAAUGCUGCGUCGUUUUCAGGGCUCGCGGAUUUACCAAACGAGCUGUUCCUCCUCAUUGUUUAUGACCACAUGGACUGGGCAGAGGAUGCCCCAAGAACAAUAAGACAGCUUUCUGCCGUCUCAAGGCGCUUUCGAGCCUUCUUUGGCCCAGUAGCCUCUCAGAGUCUUAUCGCUAUUGGCGCCAAAAGGACACUUAAUAUUAAACGCUCUCUGGAGAACAAUGAUAUGGAUGGCUCAGACUUUCGACAUCUCAGAGUACGGUAG